CUCUUGUCUCUCUGGACUAGCUAGACCUUCGCAAAAACAGCUCAAGAUGGCGAGACGACAUACGGCGGCCAUGAUGCUCGCCGCCCUCGUCGGGCUUCUCUGCGCUUCUUUCGUUACGUCUAUGGGCGUUGUCGGCAUCGACUACGGGACAGAAUCGAUGAAGGUGUCCCUGGUCAAGCCCGGACUGCCCUUUGAUGUGGUCCUGUCGAGAGACUCAAAGAGGAAGAUUCCGUCGGCUGUGGCGUGGAAAAUGCAGGAGCGUCUGUACGGCAGCGACGCUGCCAACCUGGCAACGCGAUACCCAGGCGACACCUUCCUGGGCGCUAAGCUGCUCCUUGGUAGGAGCAUCGAGUCGGUCGAUGACCAGGCCCGUUUGCGGCAGUCGGAGCUGCUGGGAUCGCAGCUCAUCCCCAGCGUCAACCGAAGCAGCGUCUCAGUGAAGAGGGAGACGGACUACACGAUCAACAAAGAGGGUUCCGACGAGUACACUGUUGAGGAGCUUGUCGGCAUGCAGCUCAGCCACGCGAGGACGCUCGCAGAGGAGACUGCCGGUGAGGAGGUGAUCCGGACAUUCCCAGGCUCGGUUGGCACAUUUGGUGGACUCGACGUCGUCAUCACCACGCCCAUCUUCUACACUGCCGCCGAAAGACAGGCGCUCUUCGAUGCUGCCUCCGUCGCUGGCCUCCGGCCCAAGCUCGUCUCGGAUGGCGCUGCUGCUGCCGUCAACUUUGCCUUGACGCGGCAAUUCACCAAGCCCGAGAGGCACCUCUUCUUCGACAGCGGUGCGGGUUCGACGAGGGCGACACUCGUCGAGUUCAGCACCAAGCAGGUCCAGGCCGACUCGAUCUUGUCGAUUGGCUCGACCCAGAAGGAAGCCACCGUCAUCCAGGUCCUCAGUGCUGGCUGGGACAGGCAAGCGUCUGGUCUCGCCCUGGACGUUCUCCUGCGCGACCAUCUGGCCGGCCUUUUCCAGACGCAGCACGGCUCGAAGCUGGCUAAGCCGGUCAAGGAACAGCCUCGCGCCAUGGCUCGCCUGUUGAAGGAGGCCAACCGGGUCAAGCACAUCCUCAGUGCCAACGCCGACGCAUCGAGCAACGUCGAAGGCCUCGCUGACGACAUCGACUUCCGAGCCAAAGUGACGAGAGACGAGUUCGAGUCGCUGGCCGACAAGGCCGGUCUUCGUUCCAGGUUCGGCCAGCCGGCCACGGACGCACUCAAGGAGGCCAAGCUGACGAUCAGCGACAUUGACUCGGUCAUCUACGUCGGUGGAACGACUCGCGUGCCACUGGUGCAGGCUGCUCUGAGGGAAGCGGGCGUCCCCGAUGCCAAGAUCGCGCAGAACGUCAACGCUGACGAGGCUGCUGUCAUGGGCGCGGCCUUCUACGGCGCCUCGUUCAACCCACAGUUCCGGAUGAAGACGAUUCGUGCUCACGAUGGCAACCCGUACCCUGUCGUGCUCACGGAAGAGGGCAAGAAGCCCGACGUUAUUUUCCCGGGAGGAAGCUUCGAGACAACGCAGGUGGUUCGCAACUACACGGACACGACGUCCAACUUUGGCUUCCAGAUCGACUACGACGCCGCCAUUCCCCAGGCCAAGCUCGACACAUUUGAGCACCGGCUGUACGACGUUGAGAUCCAGGAGAUCAAUAACCACCUCGCCGGCCUCAAGGAGCGGGGCGAGAUCGACCAGGUCGAUAUCAGCGUCAAUGUCACCAUUACCAGCCGACCUCUGGGCGUGUACGCCGUCGAAAGCGCAUUCAUGCACGUCAAGCAGAAGCCCGGGGGGAUUGCAGGCGCGUUGAAGUCCUUCUUCAACGUGGGAAGCAACGCCGUCGCGGAUGAUGUCGACGACGACGACGACGACGAGGCUGCCGAAGGUGCCGACGCAGCAGCUACCACCGAGGAUGCAGACGCGGCCGCCGAGGGAGCUGCUGACACGAAGAAGGGCGCCGAAGGAGACGAGACAUCGGAGAAGAGCGAGAAGAAGGACGUCAAGAAGAAGAACAAAAAGUCGCUCCCCACCGACCGGUCGAUCCGGCUGCUGGCUCGCUCCAUUCCCAGGGGCAGCGUGCGGCCCAUGUCUGGGGCCGAGCUCAAGGCUGCGUCGGACAGGCUGUAUGUGGCCGAUGUCGAGGCCCGUCGCAAGGCGGCGCGCGAAGAGGCCCAAAAUGUCCUCGAGGCCUACAUCUACCGCGCCAGGGACAUUGUGCACGAGACGCGCUUCAUUGAAUCGAGCAAGGCGUCGGAGCGCGAGGCCAUCACGGCAAAGGCCUCGGAGCUCUCUGACUGGCUUGCCUCGCAGGCGGAGGAGGCCGACACGAGCAGCCUGAAGCUGAAGCGGGCCUCGCUCGAAUCGCUGAUCCAGCCCAUUGAGAAGCGCAUGCGAGAACAGGGCACGCGGCAGGGAAGCCUCGACCGCUUCACGCGCGCCCAGGCCGAGGCCAGGGAGUUCCUGCAAGAGGCGCGAACGAACCUGACAAAGGCGCUCGAGGAGGGCGUUGCGAGCAAGUACUCGCUUGCCGAGCUCGAUGGCUUCCAGACGCAGCUCGACAAGGACCUGACGUGGUUCCAGGAUGGUGAAAAGGAGCAGGCGAAACGGUCCAAGGACGACGACGUGGCCAUCAAGAGCGACGACAUUGACCGGAGGGCAAAGAAGGCCAGGGAUACAAUGGCGCGGAUGCUCAAGAGGAGGAUCCCAAAGACUAGGCCGCCAAAGAAGAGCAAGACACCUCCCCCGCCGGCCAAGGAAGACAAGCCAGCAGAGGAGGAGCCGAAAAAGAAAGAGGAGAAUGAAGAGAAGCCAAAGAAGGGCCAUGCACACGAAGAGCUGUAAUUGUUCGUUCUCUCUCCCUGGCUUCAACUGUAAGGGAAGUGGCAUCCCCCCUAGAAAUGACGAAAAGAUCUGCCUCGAUACCUUUGCGCUCUUGCUCGCGCCGCCAACGUCUCUCAUCUCUGCCCAGACCACACAAGUGAAGAUCAGACGGACUCUGCUCUCUUGGCGUGUACAAGGGCAUACAUCUAGUUCUUAAUUCCUGACCAUCUUUUAUACAUUGCCGUCGACAAAGGGUUCCUCAUGCUCCUUGUGUUUCUUCAACGCCCUCUCCCUCUGCCUCUGGUGGAGCGUCUUCAGCCUCUUCUGUCGGCUCAGUCUCCGCCACCAAUGCAGCAGCGGGCGCCGCGGCUUCCGACGGCGGCGGUGCUUCCACGACAGGGGUCU